CAGAGAAGCUAAGGGAUGGUUUAUGAAAGAGCUAAAGAAGGUGAGCUUGUUGGCUGCUCCAAUGGUGGUUGUCUCUGUGUCUCAGAACCUUCUGCCGCCGAUUUCACUUAUGAUGGCUGGCCAUCUUGGUGAAUUACAUCUUUCUGCCGUAUCCGUCGCCACCUCUUUCACCAAUGCUACCGGCUUCGCUCUCCUUUUUGGACUGGCUGGAGCUCUAGAAACUCUAUGCGGCCAAGCUUACGGCGCAGGCCAAUAUCAUAAGUUGGGAAGCUACACCUACUGUGCAAUAAUCUCUCUGCUUCCAGUAUGUGUUCCUGUAUCUAUCCUGUGGAUAUUCAUGGCCAGGUUAUUGAUAUUGGUCGGUCUAGACCCUCAUAUAUCAAUGGCUGCAUGCAAAUACUCUAUUGGACUCAUACCCGCAUUAUUUGGCUAUGCUAUUCUUCAAUCUCUUUUUCGUUACUUCCAGUCUCAGAGUUUGAUCCUCCCAAUGCUCUUGAGCUCUUGUGCAGCUCUGUGUUUCCACGUACCGUUUUGUUGGGUUCUAAUAUAUAAGUGGGAAUUAGGAAAUAUUGGAGGAGCAAUAGCCAUUGAUGUGGCUUAUUGGUUAAAUGUGAUCUUUCUUGUAUCCUACUUUCUAUUUUCUUCUUCUUGUGAAAAGACUCGCAUCCUCUGCUGGAGGGAUAUUUUCUCUAGCAUUAGUGAAUUCUGGCGCUUCGCAGUGUCUUCUUCUGUAAUGGUUUGUCUUGAGUGGUGGACCUUUGAGCUUCUUGUGUUGCUGGCUGGGCUUCUGAAAAAUUCAAAGCUUGAGACAUCAGUUCUUUCUAUUUGCAUUACAACAACAUCAUUGCACUACUUCGUACAAUAUGGUAUAUCUGUUGCUGCAAGUACUAGAGUUUCGAAUGAGUUAGGAUCUGGGAAUCCACAGGCUGCUCGAACAGUUGUCCAUGUAGUACUCGUCAUUUCAAUAACAGAAGCAGCAAUUACGAGCACAACUCUCUUCUUCACUCGCUACAUAUUUGGAUAUGCUUUUAGCAAUGACAAGGAAGUCGUGGACUAUGUUACAGAAGUGGCUCCCCUGCUUUGUCUCUCAGUUAUCGUAGAUAGCUUACUCGCAGUACUUUGCGGGAUUGCUAGAGGAUGUGGUUGGCAGCGGAUAGGAGCCUUCAUAAACCUUGGGGCUUAUUAUUUUGUUGGACUUCCACUAUCUGUUGUUCUGUGCUUUGUUCUGCAUCUUAGAGGGAAGGGCCUUUGGAUUGGACUUCUAGUGGGGACUACAGUGCAAGUAGCUAUGUUUGCUUUAAUAACUGCCUUCACUAAUUGGCAAAAACAGGUCCUGCUUCUGAAAUUUUCAUCUCCGUUACUAGUUUAUGCUUCAUUAAUUUUGUCAGCUAAAAGAUGGACGAUGAGAAACUGAAGUGUAUGC